AUGGUACUGGAUGAGUCAGAAGAAAUUCUGGCCAAAUUCUCCACUUUGGACACCAUAAAGUCAAAAUAUGAACGACUUGUGGAACUUGGGGACAUACAGACAAGAAGCAUCUGGCAAAACAAACCUCCAAUACCUUAUCUAGGCAAACCAAAGCCUCCAAUACCUUAUCUAGGCAAACCAAAGCCUCCAAUACCUUAUCUAGGCAAACCAAAGCCUCCAAUACCUUAUCUAGGCAAAACAAAGCCUCUAAUACCUUAUCGAGGCAAAACAAAGCCUCCAAUACCUUAUCUAGGCAAACCAAAGCCUCCAAUACCUUAUCUAGGCAAACCAAAGCCUCCAAUACCUUAUCUAGGCAAAACAAAGCCUCCAAUACCUUAUCUAGGCAAACCAAAGCCUCCAAUACCUUAUCUAGGCAAACCAAAGCCUCCAAUACCUUAUCUAGGCAAACCAAAGCCUCCAAUACCUUAUCUAGGCAAAACAAAGCCUCCAAUACCUUAUCUAGGCAAACCAAAGCCUCCAAUACCUUAUCUAGGCAAACCAAAGCCUCCAAUACCUUAUCUAGGCAAAACAAAGCCUCCAAUACCUUAUCUAGGCAAACCAAAGCCUCCAAUACCUUAUCUAGGCAAAACAAAGCCUCCAAUACCUUAUCUAGGCAAACCAAAGCCUCCAAUACCUUAUCUAGGCAAACCAAAGCCUCCAAUACCUUAUCUAGGCAAAACAAAGCCUCCAAUACCUUAUCUAGGCAAACCAAAGCCUCCAAUACCUUAUCUAGGCAAACCAAAGCCUCCAAUACCUUAUCUAGGCAAAACAAAGCCUCCAAUACCUUAUCUAGGCAAACCAAAGCCUCCAAUACCUUAUCUAGGCAAACCAAAGCCUCCAAUACCUUAUCUAGGCAAAACAAAGCCUCCAAUACCUUAUCUAGGCAAACCAAAGCCUCCAAUACCUUAUCUAGGCAAACCAAAGCCUCCAAUACCUUAUCUAGGCAAACCAAAGCCUCCAAUACCUUAUCUAGGCAAACCAAAGCCUCCAAUACCUUAUCUAGGCAAACCAAAGCCUCCAAUACCUUAUCUAGGCAAACCAAAGCCUCCAAUACCUUAUCUAGGCAAACCAAAGCCUCCAAUACCUUAUCUAGGCAAACCAAAGCCUCCAAUACCUUAUCUAGGCAAACCAAAGCCUCCAAUACCUUAUCUAGGCAAACCAAAGCCUCCAAUACCUUAUCUAGGCAAACCAAAGCCUCCAAUACCUUAUCUAGGCAAAACAAAGCCUCUAAAUUAA